GGGGGCCCGCAGGCACCGCUCGGCGCCCCGGAGGCCACCUGCGUGCUAGAGGCAAACUUUUGUCUCCCUCGGGCUGCCACCCAGGACUAUGCGUGGCUAGGAUGGAGACGUCCGCCUCAGCCACGGCCACGGACAAGAAAGAAGCCAAAAGUGGGAUCCUGGAGGGCGUCGCUUUCCCCGACCCCGGCAGGAAGGCCUCGGCCCUCACAGUGGCCACGGCGGCGGCCGCGGUAGCCACCCAAGGAGUGCCGACACAUCUCCUGCCACCGUUCCACGCCCCCUUCCCGAUUGACAUGCGACACCAGGAGGGAAGGUACCAUUACGAGCCUCACCCUGUCCACGGUGUGCACGGGCCUCCCGCCCUGAGUGGCAGCCCGGUCAUCUCGGAUAUCUCAUUGAUCCGACUUUCCCCGCACCCUGCCGGCCCUGGGGAGUCCCCCUUCAACGCCCCACACCCGUACGUGAGCUCCCACAUGGAGCAGUACCUCUGCGCUGUGCACGGCAGCCCCACGCACCCCGCCAUCUCUGCGGCCAGGGGCCUCAGCCCUGCGGACGUGGCCCACGAGCACCUAAAGGAGAGGGGGCUGUUUGGCCUCCCCCCUCCAGGCACCAACCCCUCAGACUAUUACCACCAGAUGACCCUCAUGGCAGGCCACCCCACGCCAUAUGGAGACCUGCUGAUGCAGAGCGGGGGUGCGGCCGGUGCCCCCCAUCUCCAUGACUACCUCAAUCCAGUGGAUGUGUCGCGUUUCUCCAGCCCCCGGGUGACGCCCCGCCUGAGCCGCAAGCGGGCGCUGUCCAUCUCCCCGCUCUCGGACGCCAGCCUCGACCUGCAGCGCAUGAUCCGGACCUCUCCCAACUCGCUGGUGGCCUACAUCAACAACUCGAGAAGCAGCUCGGCUGCCAGCGGCUCCUAUGGGCACCUGUCGGCGGGCACUCUCAGCCCGGCCUUCACCUUCCCCCACCCCAUCAACCCCGUGGCCUACCAGCAGAUCCUGAGCCAGCAGCGGGGCCUGGGCUCGGCCUUCGGGCACACGCCGCCCCUGAUCCAGCCCUCUCCCACCUUCCUGGCCCAGCAGCCCAUGGCCUUCACCUCCAUCAAUGCCACGUCCACGCAGCUCAGUAGCAGCAGCAACUGUCUGAGUGAUGCCAACCAGAACAAGCAGAGCAGCGAGUCGGCCGUGAGCAGCACCGUCAACCCCCUCGUCAUUCACAAGCGCAGCAAGGUCAAGACCGAGGCCGAGGGCCUGCGGCCCGCCUCCCCUCUGACCCUGACGCAGGAGCAGCUGGCUGACCUCAAGGAGGACCUGGACCGGGAUGAGUGUAAGCAAGAGGCUGAGGUGGUCGUCUACGAGACCAACUGCCACUGGGAGGACUGCACCAAGGAGUACGACAGCCAGGAGCAGCUGGUGCACCAUAUCAACAACGAGCACAUCCACGGGGAGAAGAAGGAGUUCGUGUGUCGCUGGCAGGCCUGCACGCGGGAGCAGAAGCCCUUCAAGGCGCAGUACAUGCUGGUGGUGCACAUGCGCAGACACACGGGCGAGAAGCCCCACAAGUGCACGUUUGAGGGCUGCUCGAAGGCCUACUCCCGCCUGGAGAACCUGAAGACGCACCUGCGCUCCCACACAGGGGAGAAGCCGUACGUGUGCGAGCAUGAGGGCUGCAACAAAGCCUUCUCGAAUGCCUCGGACCGCGCCAAGCACCAGAACCGCACCCAUUCCAACGAGAAACCCUACAUCUGCAAGAUCCCAGGCUGCACCAAGAGGUACACGGACCCCAGCUCCCUCCGGAAGCACGUGAAAACGGUCCACGGCCCAGAUGCUCACGUCACCAAGAAGCAGCGCAACGACGUGCACCUCCGCACCCCCCUGCUCAGGGAGAAUGGGGACAGCGAGGCCAGCGCCGAGCCUGGCCGGGGCUCCGAGGAGAGCGCCGAGGCCAGCAGCACCAGCCAGGCCGUGGAGGACUGCCUGCACGUCAAAGCCAUCAAGACCGAGCGCUCCGGGCUGUGUCAGUCCAGCCCCGGGGCCCAGUCUUCCUGCAGCAGCGAGCCCUCUCCCCUGGGCAGUGCCCCCAACAAUGACAGCGGCGUGGAGAUGCCGGGGACAGGGCCUGGGAGCCUGGCAGACCUGACGGCCCUGGAGGACCCGCCGCCGGGGGCCGACACCUCCGCCCUGGCCACCCCCUCUGCCGGUGGCCUGCAGCUGCGCAAACACAUGACCGCCGUGCACCGGUUCGAGCAGCUCAAGAGGGAGAAGCUCAAGUCGCUCAAGGAUUCCUGCUCAUGGGCCGGGCCGGCUCCACACACCCGGAACUCCAAGCUGCCCCCCCUGCCGGCAAGUGGCUCCGUGCUGGAAAACUUCAGAAGCGGCGGCGGGCCGGCCGGGCUGCUGCCCAACCCGCGGCUGUCCGAGCUGUCCGCCGGCGAGCUGACCGUGCUGAGCCACCUGCAGGAGCGCCGCGACAGCUCCGCCAGCACGGUCAGCUCGGCCUACACCGUGAGCCGCCGCUCCUCGGGCAUCUCCCCCUACUUCUCCAGCCGCCGCUCCAGCGAGGCCUCGCCCCUGGGCGCCGGCCGCGCACACCCCGCCAGCUCCGCCGACUCCUAUGACCCCAUCUCCACCGACGCGUCGCGGCGCUCCAGCGAGGCCAGCCAGUAUGGCGGCAGCAGUGGUGGCGGCCCGGGGCUGCUCCAGCUCACGCCCGCCCAGCAGUACAGCCUGCGGGCCAAGUACGCAGCGGCCACGGGCGGGCCGCCCCCCACCCCGCUGCCCGGCCUGGAGCGCGCUAGCCUGCGGACCCGGCUGGCGCUCCUGGAUGCGCCCGAGCGCGCACUGCCCGCCGCCUGCCCACACCCGAUCGGUCCUCGGCGGGGCAGCGACGGGCCGCACUACGGGCCAGCGGGGCCGGCGCCCUCCUUCCCCCACGAGGCGCCAGGAGGUGGGGCGCGGAGGGCCAGUGAUCCUGGGAGGCGACCCGACACCCUGGCGCCCCCGCGGGUGCAGCGCUUCCACAGCGCCCACGAUGUGACCCCAGACGCGCUGCCGCCGCCCUGCGCCCAGGGCCGAGGCCUCCGUCUGCAGAGCCACGCGAGCGCCGACGGCGGCCUGGCCCGCGGCCCCUACUCACCCCGGCCGCCCAGUAUCAGCGAGAACGCAGUGAUGGAGGCCUUGGCGGUGGGGGCGGACGGCGUGGGCCCCGAGGUCAACCUCGGGCUGCCGGAGGACGACCUUGUGCUGCCCGACGACGUGGUGCAGUACAUCAAGGCGCGUGCCGGUGGCGCCUUGGAGGACAGCGCCCCGAAGGUGUACCUGCCAGAGAGCACCUGCUUCUCCGAGAACCCCAAACUGCCCAGCCCCGGGCUGCACGGCCGGCACACGAUAGCGGCUGCAGACUCCAACGUGGGCCCCUCUGCCCCUGUGCUGGGAGGCUGCCCACUGGGUUACGGGGCCCCCUCCAGCCUGAACAAAAACAGCAUGCCUGUGCAGUGGAACGAGGUGAGCUCCGGCACCGUGGACGCCCUGGCCAGCCAGGGGAAGCCUCCGCCCUUCCCACAGGGCAACCUGGCAGUGGUGCCGCAGAAGCCAGUCUUCAGCCAGUACCCAGGCUACAGUCAGCAGGGCCUGCAGCUGAGCCCCGGGGUCCUGGAUAGCUCGCAGCCGCACCUGCAGCCCUGCGGUGGAGCGCCCUCCGCGCCCAGGGUAAAUUACAUGCAGCAGCUGCGGCAGCCAGGGGCAGGUGGCCAGUGUUCUAGCAUGACAGCUGCCGUCAGCGCCCACCCCGGCUACGGCCAAGCUCAUCCCCAGCUGAGCCCCCUGGGUGGGGCCCCACACCAGUUUCCCCGAUCCUGCAGCAACAUGGCGGCCAAGCCAGGCCACCUGGGGCUCCCCCAGCAAAUGGAAGUUGCUCCUGACCCCACCAUGAUGGGCAGCAGCCACAGGGAACUGGACGUCCCCAGUUCCAGCCUGGCUAGAAUGCCACCACCUCACCCAGCCCAGAGCUACCCACAGCAGAGCCAUCACCUAGCCACAGCCAUGAGCCAGGAGGGCUACUGCCAAGGCCCCAGCCUUGUGCCUUCCCACCAGCCUGGCUUCGUGGAGCCUCAGCAGGGCCCGACGGGGGCGGCCGGAUCGAGCUUCGGCCUGGUGCAACCCCGGCCACCCGCAGAGCCCAGCCCAGCUGGCCGCCGCCGUGGGGUGCGUGUGGGGCAGCAGCUGGCCUACGCCAGGGCCGCUGGCCACGCCAUGGCUGCUCUGUCGGCCGACCAGGAGAUGACAGAGUCUGUGCCCAAGGGGACAAUGGGCGGUGUGUUGGCCCUGACUCCCCAGGCACCCCCCCAGGAUGCGGGCGGGGCCCAGGACCGCAGCAUGCUUUACUAUUACGGCCAGAUCCACAUGUACGAGCAGAACGGAGGCCUGGAGAACCAGGCCGGCUACCAGGCCAUGCGACCCCAGCCACCGCAGCCCCAGGCCUUGCCCUCACCAGGGCUUAACCAGGUGUCCAGCACUGUGGACUCCCAGCUACUCGAGGCCCCCCAGAUUGAUUUUGAUGCCAUCAUGGAUGACGGCGAUCACUCCAGCUUGCUCUCGGGGGCCCUGAGCCCCAGUCUCCUCCAUGGCUUCUCCCAGAGCUCCUCCCGCCUAACCACCCCGCGCAACUCCCUGACUCUGCCCUCCAUCCCCGCGGGCAUCAGCAACAUGGCCGUCGGGGACAUGAGCUCCCUGCUCACCAGCCUGGCCGAGGAGAGCAAGUUCCUCAACAUGAUGACCUAAGGCUCCGGCCCCUGGCGCUGAGCGGACCCCGAGGGACCAGCGCUUCCCAGAGCGCGGGGCUUUCGUCCGUUUCAUCUUUUUCCCCAAAAAGUAUUAAAUAGGUCUGAGGGAGUUUGGCCAGUGGCUGGUUCAGACCACAGAGGCUUUAAGGGCAGGUUUAUGUGCAUCCUGUCUGGUCUUCUUUUAGAUUAUCUGUCGGAACUCAGAAAAAAGUCUCAACAGAAAAGGCAAGGCAGGAAUGCAAAACUCGUUUACACAGCACUUUGCAGCCUUUGGUGUUUAUAGGACCACUCUGUUCUGGCUUUGUCACCUCUGUCAUCUGGCUAAUGAAGGAUUACGUUGGCCCAGGGCUUUCCAAGCACACGUGGAAAGAGGCGAGAGGAACCACAUUUGGGUUUGAAUCUGAAAGCCAUACUAGGUAUUCUAAUCCAGGAAGAUAAGUUUCUUGUUCCAGUGCAUGCAAAGUAAAGGAAUUCAUGGCCCACCGGAAUUCUUCCAUGAAGCUUAAUUCUUGAGGCCUCUAACAUCCCUUGCCAUGGAGUGGAAAAAAAUUUUUACCUGGAUGAUUUGGAAGCACAUCCUGAUUCCGGGUUUGGUAGAGCAGGCAUCUCUACCCCGCAAAGCCAAGUUUACAGCUGGCCGACUGUCCAAGUGUAUAUGGAUGAAUAAAGUAUGGAAGUAUCGCCCAAAAAAAGGAAAGAAAACAGUGUAAUACUCAGGGCAAGCCCAGAAGCUACCCUGGCCUCUCCAGACCAUGUUUACAGUGUUCAUGCGUGUAGAAUGUAGCCCUUCCUGAAAAGAACACAUUUCUAAAUACCUCGGGGCUGCUGGAUCUGCUGUGGGUUAAGAAUGGCCAAGGUGAGCUGAAGCGUGGCCUGGGGCCUGGGUAAAGUGAACGCACCAGGGGCCCAGCUUCAGGCUGCCCUGGAGGUCUCCCAGUAGGACGAGGAAGUCGCAUGUUUACCCAAGCCUGUUUCUCCAAUGCACUACGCACCCACUUGACCAUGGACAAACCCCAGGGCUUGACAGCAACCUCCGCCCAGGUUCCUCCAGGCCGUGCUGUCCGCUCGCCAGCAGCCCAGUGACCAGCCCCCUAGCUACAGCAUGCAGUCGUGGUAUCUUCUGGAUUCCCUUCCCGCCGCCCUCCUGUUCAUUUCACAGAGAACGAUGACAUGCAUGGUGUUUUCGGUGGGGGUAGGAGGGUGAAGGGGUUGAUUCUUGGGACUCUGAGGGACCAUCACUGAAUUCUCCUAUUCAGUGUUGGCCAAGCCCCACCUGGAAAUGGAAUUUGGAACUGGCGUCAGAAGACAUUGUUCCCGGACAUACAGUAGGGUAAAUAGGUGCAUCCUCCCCACCACACACAUGUACAAACACUGCACACCUUUCCCAUGUUGAAUUCGUGGCAACCUUGCCAAAUCCACCUGCACCACUAUGAACUUGGAACCGACUAUGACCCUGACUUCAACCAGGACAGGGCCGAAACCUCACCUGGGCCUCUACAUCCCAGAACAGCAAAUGCUUUGUCAGGGUCCAAAAACAAGGCCAACUUCAAACGACAGCCCUGGGACACCUCCAGGGCUCUGGGCUCUGUGUGGUGCACGGUCUUUCCCUGCGCUAGGAUUUCACUAGCUGUUCCCAGCCUGUAUAUUGUCUGUACAGAAGACAGCAUCCCUGAAAAUACUGUAGGUGAGUCAUCCGGUCAGAUUUUAUGUCCAAAACAUUUUUAGCUUUUUCUACAUGCGAUGA